AUGGAAGUGAUGGAAGAUGGUAAUUUGAUGGACAAAGUUCACAUAUUGAUCCAACGAGACAUGGAAUAUUACAAGACCCACCAGACCGUAUUACAAGAAACAAUUUGUCCUGGGGUUGUAGGCGGUCGCCUAGACUUCCCCAGAUCAGCAUCUUUUGCCGCAAUGAAGCUGGUUUUAUGGUGGGAAGAAGAAUAUGUGGCUGCCUACAGGAAAAGUUCAGGUUUCCUGCAAAAAUCCGAAGUUCCUGAUCAAAGCAUGGACACGUCUGGAGGCUGUGGCGGCAUUGUAAAAGCCUCAGACCCAACGAAAUUCGUGAGCCUCAUAAACAAAUCAGCUGAACAACUUUUAGAGCACUUACAUGUGCUUACACAAGAAGCUUUAGAUCACGCCGAUUUAACGGUUCUUACGGGUACAAUUGGGGCGGCAGCGCUUUUAAAGAAUUGUCUCUGGUUCUAUUUACAAACAAUUAAUGAAAUGAAAGGGAGUCAAGUUGAACUGUUGCAUGAAAGUUAUAAAAAAUAUCAAGAGAUGGGCGAAGCCCUCGCUGAGCGAUUGUUGGAUUUGCAUUGUCGGUUGUUAUCACUGUACAUUUUACAAGAAGCGGAAUCCUUAGAUUGGGAGAAUCAAAAGCCUUUCUGUGAGUCAGAAAGGGGAUCAUAUGUGAUACAAAUGUGGUGGCUUUAUAUGCAAGGGACCAGAGAGGAUUUAUGGAACACUGUUCCUCCUAAAAUGGCACAAAGGGUUUUUUCUGGGAUGUUAAAUGAAUCAUUAACUAUUUUAACAGUUCGAUACACUCAGUCAUGUCCGUCUGAAGCAAGGAGUAAAUUACUCGUAGUUGACAUAAGUAACUUGCUAUUAUGCAUAGCGCAAUUGCUUCCAUGUAUCUGUGAUAAAGCAGAAGAACUAAUUGGGUUAAACUUAAAUAAUAAAAGCAAAAUUUUACGCGACAUACAUACAAAGUGUCAGGAAUUGUUAAACUGUUUAAUUUUGAGAGCCGCAUCGUUGGAUACACUUCAAAAGGUUUUUCGUAAGGGCAUAGAGAACGUCGACCUGCUCAAAUCCAGAAGUACAGGCCCGGCCUCUUGGAUAAUAUUCUCUUUGCCACACAUUUUCAAAGUGCAACCAAAAAAUAUAACGCGGAUGUCUGACUUACCAUCAGAGUCGGCCAUCGCGUUAGAAUUGACAGUUUUGUUAGCCCAACCCCAACCAAAUUGGUCCCUUCUGCUAAAAGUUCUAGGAAUGAAAAAUUGUAAACUACUGAAACUUAUUUUGGACAUAUCUUUGGAAAAUUUCACUAUCGAAAUCCAAAAACCAAUCACCAAAUCUGACUCUUGCGGAGUCUUCCUCUGUUCCAGUGACGGAACGUGUAAAAAUGUCGAUACCUCUGUACCUCUAUUAACACCACUUCAUUAUUACGAUUUAAUCGCAUCUGCUACAACUGUUGUCUUGAGUAUUGGCAACAAUGAGGAUUACUCAGAUAUUCUAUUCUCGGCAAUUAGUGCGCAGCCAAAUUGGGCAAAGUGUUUUGAUCGUCGCAAUGUCUGGAAUCAAAUCCGGCCGCCAUGGUACGAAUCUAUUCUCAACCUUGUUAAACCUCUGCUUUCUACUAUUUCAAAAACUGUAAUCAAUGCCAUUCAAACAGGAGCCAGCAUGUACCAAGCGAUGCUUAUUAUAUUGGGUUCUUAUAUCCAGUUGUGGGAUUGCGUGGACAGUGCUUUGCCCCGAGUGGCCACCUUAAUUCAAGACAUUCUCCCAGCUGAGAUAAUUUCUUUAAAUCAUUCCGCUUUGAUACAGAUUUUGAUUAGUGCACUAUAUUCGGAGUUGCUGCGUCAGUCGGAACUUCCUUCAAACAAACAAGUCACUUUUGCGGAUUCAGCUGUGUCUCCAACGACGAAACAAACGGAACAUAAAAGAUCUGUAACUAGUUUCGAAGGAACGUUUAGUUCUGAGAAUGAUAUAGCUUUAGCUGUCGCAGAAUCUUUGUGCAGUAUUGACGAGGAUAAUAAACACACAGACCAAAUUGAGGAAUUUUUGGAACAGGUGAAAGAAACCCUAGAAUUAUUUGAGGAUUCGGUUGAGGGUUCGUCGAGGGUUGAAAGGUCAGAGCAAGCCACUGAAGUUCUUGCCAGCGAUAUUUUAAUGACAACUCAUGGAAAAAAGAGUCUGAAAACUUUGCAUCAUUUUGUAAAAAAUAACAACGAAUGGUUCUUUCUAAAACUUGGAGUGAGUGAAAAUUUAGAACCCAUGAUACCAAACAAAGUUAUUUCUGCACCAUAUCCAUUGUUGCAUACUGUGUUUCAUAUAGGUUACCGACCAUUCGAUCAGUUGUUGACUGGAGCAUGGCAACCUAAUUGGAUUGGUUUGUUACAAACACCAAUGGGAUUAAGUAUUGAUAGGGUUUGGUCGCAAUUAUCACUGCGAUGGGAAUUUAGAGAUGUAAAUUCAUCCAGUUUGUCGACUAGAGACGUUCAGAUUGUUACUAAUUUGACAACGCUGUUAAAACAGACUUAAUUCAUUUCUUGACAUUUAAAUACCUAGUUUAAAGCAAUAAUGAGUAUUACGAAAAAUUAGUUUAAAUUGUGAUUUUUCGAACUACAUAAUAGCAUAUCUACAUAUAUUAUCAGGGAGAUUAGUAUUUUUUUAUUAAAAAAAAGUAUAUUAUGUUGUUAUUAAGAAUAAAAGUGAUAGUUUAUGUGUCUCAGGAGACACAUAAACUCACUUUUAUUCCGAAUACUAUUUUAUCUGCAAACGUAUUCAGAUCGAGAGUAUAGAUCAACACUACAAUUAUUAGAAAAUAAAUAAACAAAAAAAUUAGGAUACUUUUCAAGUAGUAAAAUCAUAACA